UUAAACAACAACUAUUACAAGCCGAGCACAUGAACCGGCAAAAUGUCGUUUACGAUUGACCUAAGCUUUGUUUUAAAUGUGUAAACUAGUUUUUGUAGGAGGUCUGUUUUAUAUCGCGGCUGUUGUAAUAGGGUGAUCUUGUUUCACGUCUAAGACAUUGUUUUGUUUUUUUGUUUUUUUAUAGAGAAGACUACUUAAUGGAGAGGUAUUCAAUUCUAAGAGUGAUCGGUGAAGGUUCAUUCGUAAGAGCAUUGUUAGUACGAACUCGCAGCAGCCAAGAGGAGCAUGUGCUCAAAGAAAUCCGUCUUCCGAAGAGUCACUCUAAGUUGGAGGACUCAAGGAGAGAAGCCAUCCUGCUGUCCAGGAUGAAACAUCCUAAUAUUGUCGCCUUCAGAGAAGCCUUCGAAGUUGAUGGCCUUCUCUGUGUGGUUAUGGAGUUCUGCAGUGGAGGAGACCUACUGCAGAGGAUAAAGCAACAGAAAUCUGCACAAUUCUGCGUCAAUGAUAUCUUGAGGUGGUUUUCUCAAAUGUGUGCUGGAGCCAGGUAUAUCCAUGAUAAACGUGUUCUCCACAGGGACCUGAAGUCCAAGAAUAUUUUCCUGACAGAAAAUGGGACGGUCAAGGUAGGAGAUUUUGGGUCGGCAUGUAUUCUGAACAGUUCAAAAGCUUACGCACAGACGUACGUUGGGACACCCUACUACGUGGCUCCAGAAAUCUGGGAAAAUAAACCAUACAACAAUAAGAGCGACGUAUGGUCUCUUGGAUGUGUGCUGUAUGAGCUCUGCACUCUGCGACAUCCGUUCCAGGCUUCUAGCUGGAAGAAUCUGAUUCUGAAAGUGUGCCGGGGUUCGUACCCCCCACUACCCCGCCAACUGCCCUAUGAGUUGCACUAUUUGGUCAAGCACAUCUUUAAGACCAACCCAAAAGACCGGCCCUCCCUGAACACUAUUCUCACCUCCCACCGGGUUUCCAAGCUCCUGCGUCCAUAUUCACCCCCUGAGGUGACAGAGGUGGAGGAGCGGAGGAGGCCAAUGUGUCGAUGGAACAGAGACGAGGGGAAAAAGGUGGCGGAUCUCCUGGGAGAGAAGAGUUUAAUAAAAACGUCAACAUUUGAAGGCUCUGAGUUUCACGGUGAAGACACAGCCAGACCACGAAAACAGUGGGCUUUAGAGCCGUCGGACUCUGUGAUGGAGGUGUUAGCCAACGCUAGCCUUAUGUCAUCUGAGAGCAUGGUAUCGAUGAACCAAAAUCCCACUGGCUGCACUCAUGAAGUCGCAGACACCUGCUUUAAGCUUGACCCAUGUCAACACACUCUCUUCAAAGGCGAAAGCAUUCAGAGGAGACGAUGGGAGAAAGAUCCUCCAGAAGAGCUCCUGCUUUUGUUAGAGAAGGCUGAAGUGUUCAGAGCCUUCAGCACGUUUUUAAUACACAAAGCAGGUGACGACCCACUGAUUGGACCUCUGUCACAAAAUCACAGUGAUGACACUGACGGCUCUGAACAGGAAAAGAAUGUAGACGAACAUCGCUUGGAGCCACGGUCUGACGACGAGGACACAGACUUUGAAGAAGAAUCUUCAUGUAAUUGGAUGGAAGAAGUGGAAAAACUGUGGCCCUGCACUGAAACCUCAGACCUUUAACGGACCGUUGAUGAUAUGAAAAUAAUCAUAAUAUUGAUCAUUUUCACUUGUGCGCAGAUCUGUGCAUGUUUGUGGUGCAGUGGAUUUUACAGUAAUGUAAGGUUAUUUUUAUACGACAGUGGUUGUUGCAUCCGUGCUGUGUUUUAUUUCAUUAAAACAGCAUAGUACAGCUCA